UGAGAAAAGGACGGUGCUUCGGGACCCUGCAGAGCCUGGACGGCUCUUUGCUGGCAGCCCGCGUCACUGUGACACACAGAAGCCGGAAGGAAGCAGUCAGGCGCUUUGGGAAGAGCCAGCACAUCACCCCUCUCCCCGUGUCCCUGGGGAUUCAGUGGUGCCCUGGGAGCUCGACCUGCCCUGACCUGCCGUGGGACACGUCCGUGCACAGCCCCCCCAUCCAGCCAUGCUGCACUUCCUCUGGGACAGCAUCUCCUUCCAUACACUCCUCAUCUUCCUCAUUGUCUUCCUGUUUGUUGCUGACUAUAUGAAGAACAGAAACCCAAAGAACUUCCCUCCCACCCCUUUACGUCUUCCCUUUUUAGGACACAUCUACAUGAUGGACUUCAAAGCUCCGCAUAUCACAGUGCAGAAGUACACUGAAAAAUAUGGUGACAUCUUCGGCAUGUCCAUGGGCAGCAUGAAGUUUGUGGUAGUAAAUGGGAUGCGGCUGGUUAAGGAAGUGCUUGUAAACCAAGGGGAUAACUUUUUGGAUCGCCCAGAAAUUCCUAUGGAUAUGUUCAGCAAGAUAGGACUGAUCUCCUCCAGUGGGCACUUGUGGAAGGCACAGAGGAGGUUCACCCUGAGCACCCUCCGAAACUUUGGCUUGGGGAAGAGGAGCGUGGAGGAGCGCAUCCAGGAGGAGUGCCGAUUCCUCGUGGAUGCCUUUAAGGAUGAGCAGGGGAAUCCUUUUGACCCUCAGUUUACACUCACUAACGCUGUUUCAAAUGUCAUCUGCUCCCUCACCCUCGGCAAUCGGUUUGACUACCAGGAUGAAGACUUCCAAAAGUUGCUGAAGCUGAUGCAUGAGAUAGUUUUCCUUCAGGGAGCCAUCACAACACAGCUGUACAACUCUUUCCCAUCUAUAAUGAAGUUCCUCCCUGGAGCACACCAAACCAUUUCUAAAAACUGGAAGUCGUUGAAAAGCUACAUGGAAGAGCAGAUCAACAAGCACAAGGAGGAUUGGAACCCCUCGGAGAGCCGAGACUACAUCGACAGCUACCUGCAGGAGAUAGCCAAGGACAAGGGCAGUGACACCUUCCGGGAGGAACAUCUCGUCGCCUGCACACUCGACCUGAUGUUUGCCGGAACCGAGACCACUUCCUCGACCCUCCGUUGGGCUCUGCUGUUCAUGGCCUUACAUCCAGAAAUUCAAGCCCGUGUGCAAGCCGAGAUCGACGCCGUCAUCGGACAGGCUCGGCAGCCAGUGCUGGAGGACAGGAACAACAUGCCCUACACCAACGCCGUCAUCCAUGAGGUGCAGAGGAAAGCCAACAUUGUCCCUUUCAGCAUGCCAAGAAUGGCAGAAAAGGACACAAUGGUGGAUGGCUUCUUCAUCCCAAAGGGCACUGUUUUAACAAUAAAUAUAACCUCUGUGAUGUUUGACAAGAGUGAGUGGGAAACUCCUGACACUUUUAACCCUGGGCAUUUCCUGAAGGAUGGGAAGUUCUGGAAAAGAGAAUCAUUUUUGGCAUUUUCUGUGGGGAAGCGCGCCUGCCUGGGCGAGGUGCUGGCCCGCUCCGAGCUCUUCCUCUUCUUCACGUCUCUGCUCCAGAAAUUCACCUUCCAGGCACCCCUGGACACCACACUCAGCCUCCAGCCCCUGAUGGGCAUCACGAUGGCCCCACAGCCCUACAAGAUCUGUGCUGUGCCUCAGUAGGGAAGCCUCAGCCACAAUCCUCACAGGGAAAAUCCUUUUUCAGGAGUGCCGAAAACAAGCUCUUGGCAGCUCUGCUGUGCUCAAGGGAGAGGCGGGGCUGUUUAUUUCUUUUAAAGCAGUUGCUAAAUAAUUUCCUUUAUAUGUGGACCUUGUGCUCUGUUUGCCAUGAGAAACGUCAUCAGCCUGGGAGCUGACAGGGCACUUUCAGGCCCUAUGGCACUGUAAAUGAAUGAGAGGUUUGGGGCCCUCCUAAUUUUAUGGGAAAUUAAUUUGCCGUAGUUCACCUUGGCAAAAUGAGGGACACUUGAGAGAUUGCAGUGUAGAGGCUGUGGCUGUAUACAGUCAAAGAGCAAUACCAGCCCUUGUUUUGUAACACUAAUACAAGAAUACAAGCAGUAAUUCAUCAACAUUUUAAGGAAAUGUACUCCUCU